CUUUCCCGCCCUCCCUCCAUCUUGGCGCAGCCAGCUUGACGCAGCGGAGCCUCAAACGGAGGCAGAGCGGAUCAAUCUGGAGCUUCGGCGGCUGAUUGGGAUCAUGCGGCAGCGCUGACCGCCGUGUCGAAAAUCUUCCUGCCGUUUCCAGUUUGAGUCCAGCAGCUUGACGUCCCCCACUGGCCCCCAGUGACCCCCACUGGCCCCCAGCCUCCAGGCGAUAGACCGAUCCUGACCUGGAUGAGACGUCUCACCGGUUCCGACUAAUUUCUGGUUCACCACCUCCCUUCUCUCCCUUCCCUCCCCCGUCCUUCUCCCUCCCUCCGUCCUCACCCCCCCCCCCGAUCUGAGUCCAGACUCAAAGCAGCGACCUGAUUGGCUGUCCUUCCCCCGACCCCCCCGCCCUCAGGUGGAUGAAUGAAGACUCCGUUUAAGAGCCCAGCGGCGCCGCGGCCCCGAGCGGACGGGGGACAUUCCGGCGUCUCUGCAAACAUGAUGAAGAAGAAGAAUCCACACAAGAAGCAGAGGACCAGCGUUGGACCCAGUAAGACUCUGGUUCCGCCCAGGAGGAACAUCGUGGGCUGCCGGAUCCAGCACAUCUGGAAGGAGGGCAGUAAAUCGUCCCAGUGGAAGGGGACGGUUCUGGAUCAGGUUCCGGUCAACCCGUCUCUCUACCUGAUCAAGUACGACGGCUUCGACUGCGUCUACGGCCUGGAGCUGUACGCCGACGAGCGCGUGGUCGGCCUGGAGGUUCUGCCCGACAGAGUGGCUCAGGCCCGGGUGAGUGACUCGCUGCUGGCGGAGACGAUGAUCGGGAAGGCAGUGGAGCACAUGUUUGAGACGGAGGACGGGCCGAAGGAGGAGUGGAGGGGGAUGGUUCUGGCCCGAGCCCCAAUCAUGACCACCUGGUUCUACAUCACCUACGAGAAGGACCCGGUUCUGUACAUGUACCAGCUGCUGGACGACUACAAGGAGGGCGACCUUCGCAUCAUGCCCGACUCCAACGAGAACGUGGCGGCGGAGCGGGAGCCGGGCGAGGUGGUGGACAGCCUGGUGGGGAAGCAGGUGGAGUACGCCAAGGAGGACGGCGGGAAGCGGUCGGGGAUGGUCAUCCACCAGGUGGAGGCCAAGCCCUCCGUCUACUUCAUUAAGUUCGACGACGACUUCCACAUCUACGUCUACGACCUGGUCAAGACCUCCUAAGGCCCGGGGCGUCAAGACGGCAGCCGGACUUCGUAGCUCUUUGUUUCUAGAGACGCCUUAACGCGAAGGACGCGGCGCCAGCAGUCAUCGACUCUUCAACCGGACCAAACGGCUGGAACCUGCCUUGGGUUUCCAGAUUAUCGCGGCACAAGCAUCCGUCUUUACUAAGCUUCUCCUUCCUGUGACUCCAUCCGGAGGAACGCCUCAUUCCUGACGGCCCUCUGGACCCGAGGCCGGGCGUCUGAGCCCGACGGGGUUAAUGACGGGGUGGGACGGGAACACGGAUCCGGACCGCUCUGCGUCUGGGCAAAGACAUUCCCUGUGAAAUUUGUGCCAAAUUGUUGAACUUUUCUAGAGCGUCACUCCAACCGGCUGGUUUUAAGCUCCUGAAGUGAACAUCCGGAUUAUUCCACAUUUAUACUGUAACGGUUUUCCACAGGCCCCGCCCCCCGUCUUCUAAAUGUGGACAAUCAGGACCUCAUAUCGGUAUAAACCCAGAUAACGGUGAACUUUAGACCCUCUGGCAUUUUCAGGAUCUGCUUCUGGACCGAGGAACCUUCCAGAUUCCAGAGCCGACCCAGGAAGACGACAGAGAAGGUUUUCCCAACAGAUCCCUGGAGUUCCUAACAGUCCGAUCCAGAUGAUCCGGAUCAACUGAUUCUGGAGUUCCCAGUGGAGUCUGUUGAUCCAGAGAUGAUCUGGAUCAGUGGAUCCUCAUGGAGGUUGAUCCAGAUCAACGGUUCCUGGAGUUUCUAUCGGAUUCUGCUGAUCCAAAUAUAAUGUGGAUCAGUGGAUCCUGGAGUUUCUGAUGUCGUCUGUUGGUCCAGAGAGGGUCCGGAUCAGCGGAUGGAUCCGGAUCAGCGGAUGGAUCCGGAUCAGUGGAUCCUGGGGUUCCUGUCGAUGACCCGAGUUGCUGCUGUUGUAGUUUACAGUGUUUUUCUUGUACAGUGAUCUUAUGUUGGUGCGUUGGACGUCUUCGGUUCCUCCGUGUCGGUUUCGUUCCCAGUCGGUCCGGACUCGUUGACCGACUCUGGGUCUGUGGAUGGAGGCGCUCUGCAGCAUCCAGUCGGGUGUUUGAAGGAAGUCCUGCUCUUUUCUCUGAUGUAGCCCAUCUUCAGUUUCCCUUCCUCCAACAGAAGCGCUAGCCGCCAUGUUGCCUGAUCCUCAUCUCAUGUGCCUGAAGGACGGAUCCAGACUUUCCUGCUGGCUGGGUUGGGAAGCUUCGCUCCGGCUCCGGCGUUCCUCUCCGGGUGGAUUCUGUUGAAGCUUUCCAGGUUUCAGGAUCUAGAUUUCUAAUCUGCUGAACAUCCAGUUCACCCCAAAACCCAAAUGGUGUCCAGGUUCUUCUUCUCCUCCUCCAGAUCUCCUCUAAACUAAAGCACAGGUUUUAAUUUUGAUUCAAUUAAACUAAAAUCUGAAAAUACAGGAAUUCAAACGUUUUCUUCUUUUACUUUUUUUUU